CCAACUUUGCACUCCCUUGGUUUACUGUUUCUCAUGUUUAAACUAUCGUGUUUUGUUUGGAAUGUGUUUUAAUUUUUUUUAGUUUUAUUUAUCAAGAUGACAGGAAAUGCAGUAGGAUGAACCUUGGAGUGGAAGACCAAGUAUUAAAAUGAUUAACUGAAAUGGUCAUUUACUAAAUUAAAACCAAGCAUUAGAGCCUUCGCUGGCAUAGUAGAAGAAACUUCUUAUAUUUCUCGGCUAUUUUAUUGCAUCAGUUUGGCUGAAGCCAGCGACAAUAACACCCCAAUAUUCGAGACAUUAUUUUAAAAGUUGUAGUUUUUAAUUUGUGCGUGGGAUGAACUGCCAUAAAAGAAUUAUUUUAAGACGCGUCCAUUAGUAAGGUAUGCAUUGUCCUCUUGCUGAGUUACAACAAUACCUAAAUUUCCUUUGCCCUCGCACUAAUGCCAAUUAUGGACAUGCGUGCAAGUCAGUUUUUUUUUGUCGAGGCGCAUGUGUAUUGAAGCAAAAGAUCUGAAUGUUAUUUCUAAGAAAAGACCGAGGCCCUGCUGGUAUUCUAGGCUUCUAUUCAUUAUACCGUGGCUCGAAUUUCAACCUUUUCAUACUUUUCACCCCAUUUUUGGCAAAGUGGGAGGAUGGGAGCAUGGCUGUGUGACGGUGGUUCUCAAAAGAAAAACUCGCCAAUCGCAUUACUACCAAGCACGAUAAAUAGUUUAGCCAACCAAGAUAGAUAUACUCUAUUAUGUACGUUUUAUAAUAGCACUUUAUGUCCGGAAUUCUAUUGCAAGUUGCAUAUGGAUGAAUGGUAGGUGAUCCACGGUGGUUACGGAUGUCCGCCGCACCCCAAGUCUAAUUAAAUGCAUGACGUUACCCUAGGUUUGUCACGUGACCUAAACUUUUACAGCCAAUCAGAAGAAGGAAUGGAGACCUCCGACAUUGUCGAAGUGAAGCUUAGUCUUGUUCCUGAUCAUCAGAAAACAGCUUGGGUAUAUUUGGUAGUUUAUUCUAAGCAAUAAAGUUAUAUUUGAUAUUCGUUACACUAAUCAGUUAGCAGAGUGAUUAAGCUCACUGAAAACAUCCAAGAUGGAUAAUGAAAUGAAAUAUUUAGCCGUGGAUAGGCGAACUGUAGGUGAUCCUACAUUGCAAGCAGAAUGGAGUGCAAAGAAACUUGUUUGGGUUCCUGAUGAAGAACAUGGUUUCAUCCCUGGCAGCAUUAAACAAGAAAAUAAAGACGAAAUUGUCGUGGAGAUAUCAAGCGGGAAACGAAAGACAUUUAGCAAAGAUGACAUUCAGAAAAUGAAUCCACCGAAGUUUGAGAAAGUUGAGGAUAUGGCUGAGUUGACUUGCCUCAAUGAAGCCAGUGUUUUACACAACUUAAAAGAUCGUUACUACUCUGAAUUAAUCUAUACCUAUUCAGGCUUGUUUUGUGUUGUUGUUAAUCCCUACAAACGUCUACCAAUUUACACGGAAAAUGUCGUGGAGAUGUACAAGGGCAAGAAACGACACGAAGUUCCACCCCAUGUUUACGCUAUCACUGAUACUGCAUACCGAAGCAUGCUACAAGACAGAGAAAAUCAAGCAAUUCUUUGCACAGGAGAAAGUGGAGCUGGGAAAACGGAGAAUACGAAGAAAGUUAUCCAGUAUUUGGCAUCAGUUGCUGGUCACAGCAAGGCUCAUCUUUCAAGUAAUGUACCUCCCAUGAGCCCUAAAGUUGGCAUUUCCAGUGCACAGGCUGAACUAGAGAGGCAAUUGCUGGAAGCAAAUCCUAUUCUGGAAGCUUUCGGAAAUGCCAAAACUGUCAAGAACGAUAAUUCUUCAAGAUUUGGUAAAUUUAUCAGAAUCAACUUUGAUACCUCUGGAUUUAUUGCUGGUGCAAACAUUGAAUCUUAUCUUCUAGAAAAGGCGCGUUGUGUGAGACAGGCUCCUGAAGAGAGAUGCUUUCAUAUUUUCUAUCAAAUUUUGAAUGGCAUGAACAAAAAUAUGAAAGAUGAGUUUCUGUUUGAUGAUAUUAAAUCAUAUAACUUUCUCGCCAAUGGAAAUGUUGAGGUUGCUGGUAUUGAUGAUAGAGAAGAUCUCAAAGACACUUUGAAUGGAAUGAAAGAUAUGGGAAUAAGUCAAGAUGAAACCAACUCAAUCUUCAAAGUCAUCUCAAGUGUUUUACAUUUUGGUAAUCUCACAUUCAAACAAGAAAGAAGCUCUGAGCAGGCAACACUGCCAAACAACACAGUUGCGCAAAAGAUUUGUCAUCUUCUCGGGAUGCCUGUUGUUGACUUCACAAAAUGUUUGAUUCGUCCCAAAGUGAAAGUUGGUCGAGAAUAUGUUCAUAAAUCACAAACUAAAGACCAGGCUGAGUUUUCUUGUGAAGCAUUGGCUAAAGCACUUUAUGAAAGAAUGUUUAAAUGGAUGGUUCAUCGAAUCAACAAAUCUUUGGACAGAACAAAGCGUGAUGGUGCCUCAUUCAUUGGUAUCCUUGAUAUUGCUGGUUUUGAAAUAUUCAAGCUCAAUUCAUUUGAACAACUUUGUAUCAACUACACAAAUGAGAAACUCCAACAAUUGUUCAACCACACCAUGUUUAUCCUGGAACAGGAAGAAUACAGGAAGGAAGGAAUUGAAUGGAAGUUCAUUGAUUUUGGUCUUGACUUGCAGCCAUGUAUUGAUCUCAUUGAAAAGCAAGUUGGCGUUCUUGGUCUUCUUGAUGAAGAAUGUUGGUUUCCAAAGGCAACUGACAAGAGUUUUGUUGCUAAGUUGGAGAAAGAAUUAUCCUCAAGUUCUAAAUAUCAGAAGCCAGAUUUCAGAUCUACUGCUGAUUUCUGUAUUGUUCAUUAUGCUGGAGUGGUUGACUAUAAUGGCGAGAAAUGGUUGAUGAAAAACAUGGAUCCUUUGAAUGACAAUAUUGUGAGUCUGUUUCAGAACUCAAGUGAUUCGUUUGUUUGUGGCUUGUGGAAAGACACUGAGAACAUCGUAAGUCUUGGUGCAGCUGCUGCCAGCUCUGAUUCACCAUUUGGUUCUAAAGUUAGAAAAGGAAUGUUCAGGACAGUUGGACAGUUGUACAAGGAACAACUGGCAAAGCUCAUGGACGUUCUGUCAAAUACAAACGCAAACUUUGUCCGUUGCAUUAUUCCAAAUCACGAGAAGCGGUCUGGCAAGAUUGAUUCGCAUCUUGUUCUUGAUCAGUUAAAGUGCAAUGGUGUUCUUGAAGGAAUAAGAAUUUGUCGUCAAGGUUUUCCAAACAGAAUUGCGUUCCAAGAAUUUAAACAACGAUACGAGAUUCUCACGCCAAACUUAAUUCCAAAAGGAUUCAUGGAUGGCCGGAAAGCUGCGCAACAAAUGUUGGACCAUCUGGAAUUAGACAAGAACAGUUAUCGUGUUGGACAGUCAAAGAUAUUUUUCCGCGCGGGUGUUCUGGCAAAACUGGAGGAAGAUCGAGACACGAAGUUGACUGAAAUCAUCACAAUCUUUCAAGCUUUUUGCCGUGGAAAUCUGGCUCGUAAAAACUACGAGAAGCGAACGCAGCAACUCAGUGCAAUCCGCGUCUUACAGAAGAAUUGUUUGAAUUAUUUGAAGCUGCGAAAUUGGCCUUGGUGGAGACUCUUUACGAAGGUGAAACCAUUGUUGGAUGUAACUCGUCAAGAAGAACAACUCCAUCAACAUCAAGACGAGUUAAAGAAAGUCUCAGACACGCUGGAGAAACUCGAGACUCAGUUCAAGGAACUCGAACAAACACAUGCGCAAGUCAGUGAAGAGAAACAAGUUUUAUCUGAGAAAUUGGAGCAAGCACAGGAAGCUUACGUUGAAGCUGAUGAAAUGAGACAACGUUUGUCAACAAAGAAGAACGAGUUAGAAUUACUUCUUGAAGAACUGGAAGCCAAGGUUGAAGAGGAAGAGGAUAAAGGAUUGAAGCUGGCUGAUGAAAAACGAAACCUUCAGCAGAGCAUCUUAGAUCUUGAAGAACAACUUGAUGAAGAAGAAGCGACUAGGCAGAAAUUGCAAUUAGAGAAAGUUCAAUGUGAAGCUAAAGUCAAGAAAUUUGAAGAAGAUCUAUUGACGCUAGAAGAUUCAAACUCCAAGCUUGGUAAAGAAAGAAAGCAACUGGAAGAGAAGUUGGCUGAAACAAUGACAGCUCUUCAAGAUGAAGAAGAUAAGAGUAAAGGACUGAGUAAAAUGAAGGCAAAACAUGAAGCAUCUAUUACAGAUCUUGAAGAUAGACUUCGUAGCGAAGAGAAAGCUCGUCAAGAACUCGAGAAAGAAAAAAGAAAAUUACUUGCUGAGAUUGCCGAGUUACAGGAGCAACUUCUUGAAGCUAAACAAAGGAUUGAAGAACUUGAAGGUAUGCUCACAAAGAGAGAACAAGACGUCAACGAAACUAAUGCAAAGGUUGACGCGGAGACCAACAAACGACUCGAACUGGAAAGAAAUAUUCGAGAACUGGACAGUAAAGUUGAAGAAUUGACCGAAGAUCUUGAUGCCGAGAAGGCUUCUCGUUCCAAAGCUGAGAGACAGCGAAAGGAAAUCAGCGAGGAAUUAGAGAACUUGAAAUCGGAAUUAGAAGAAUCAAUCGACACAACAGCGGCAGCACAAGAUAUGAGAGCUAAACGAGAACAAGAAGUUGACUCAUUGAAGAAGAGCAUCAGUGAAGAGUCUGCUGCACAUGAAGCCGCAAUGUCCAACUUACGACAGAAACAUUCUCAUCUUGUUGAAGAACUCAAUGGACAAUUGGAAUCAACAAAGAAGUCUAAAGUGCAACUCGAAAAAGCAAAAGCGAAAUUGGAGGAAGAGAAUUCCGAGUUGAACGAAGACUUGCAAAUGACGAGUAAAGCAAAAUCUGAUCUUGAUCGACGAGUGAAGACCUUGGAACAUAGUUUGAGUGAAGUUAAUGUUCGUUUGAACGACGAUGAAAGACAAGUGGCUGAUCUUCAGUCGACAAAAGCUAAGGCUGAGAAGGAAAUUGAUACUCUUCUACUGCAAUUGGAUGAAGUUGAGGAGAAAUCAAGAAACCUGGAGAGAGACAAAGCAUCUUUGAGCUCUCAAUUGCAAGACGCGCAGGAAUCAAUCGCAGAUGAGACUCGUCAGAAGCUGUCGAUCAGCACCAAACUACGCGAAGCCGAGUCUAAUUUACAGAGUGCAGAAAUUGAAUUGUCUGCUGCGUCAGAAGACGCGGAGAAAUUACAACAGAAAGUCGGAGAAUUGCAGUCACAGAUCACCUCUCAUGUCAUCAACCUGAAAAACAAAGAUGAAGAAAUCGAGGAAUUACACAACAGCAAAAAGAAAUCAAGUAAAGACGCCGAGGCCCUUCAAACCUUGAUCGAUGAGCUACGAGCAAACAACACAAAACUGGAGAAGUCAAAGAAACGAUUGCAAGAAGAGUUGGAUGACCUGAGUCUGACAGUUGAUAAGGAUCGUAGUCGUGUCUCGGAAUUGGAGAAAAAACAACGCAAGUUUGAUACGAUGCUGGCUGAGGAGAAGGCGAAUUCAGAAAAGCUUUCAGCUGAACGAGACGCUGCGGAACGUGAAGCGAGACAAAACGAAACCAAGGUUAUUUCACUGAACCACGAGCUUGAAGAACUACAAGACAAACUUGCUGAAACAGAAAAAUUAAAGAAAACUCAAACGUUGGAGCUUGAAGCUCUGAUGGAAAGCAAAGACGAUGUGGGGAAAAAUGUUCAUGAUCUUGAGCGAGCCAAGCGAACUUUGGAAGCACAAGUGGCUGAAAUGAAAACACAGGUUGAGGAACUUGAAGAUGAACUACAGUUGUCAGAAGAUGCCAAACUACGUCUUGAAGUGAACGCUCAAGCUAUGAAGGCAAAUCAUGAGAGAGAUCUUGCUGGGAAAGAAGAAAUGAGUGAGGAUAAGAGACGACAAAUGACCAAGCAGAUUCGUGAAAUGGAAGCAGAAUUAGAGGAAGAAAGAAAGUCGCGCACAAGCGCUCAAAAUGCAAAGAAGAAAUUAGAACUCGAUAUGAAGGAUAUGGAAGAACAAUUAGAAUCUGCUAGUAAAGUUAAAGAAGACGGAAUUAGACAACUGAAGAAAUAUCAACAACAAGUGAAAGAUAUUCAGAGAGAUUUGGACGAGGCAACAUCAUCCAGAGAUCAAAUUGCUGAACAUGCCAGAGAAAAUGAGAAGAAAUUGAAAAAUCUUGAAACAGAAUUCUUACAAAUGCAGGAGGAUCUUGCUGCAGCUGAAAGAGCUCGUAAGAAUGUUGAAAACGAACGAGAUGAAUUGAUGGAGGAACUCACAAGUGGGACAACUUCCAGAUCAGCUCUGUCAGAUGAAAAACGUCGUUUGGACAGCAGAAUUUCGGAACUCGAAGAGGAAUUGGAAGAGGAAAGAGCUCAAAAUGAAAUGUUGGAAGAAAAAGCAAAACGCGCUCAACUUGCGGCUGAUCAAUCUCACAACGAGCUGAGCACUGAACGAUCCAACUCUCAAAGACUUGAAAACCAACGCACAUCCUUGGAACGACAGAACAAAGAUUUGAAGACCAAACUUCAAGAAUUAGAAAGUGAACUAAGAUCGAAGACAAGAGGCAUUAUCACAAAUUUGGAAGCAAAGGUUGCCACCUUGGAGGAACAGUUGAACGCCGAAUCUACUGAUCGCGCUAGCUUUGCAAAGAAUUUGAGGAAGUCUGACAAGAAAGUUCGAGAACUCUCACUUCAAGUUGAAGAAGAACGAAGACAUGCUGAUCAGUAUAAAGAACAGUAUGAUAAGACCAGUCAAAAACUCCGUCAGACGAAGAGACAGUUGGAUGACACAGAGGAAGAGCUUCAACAAGCGAAUGGUGCCAAACGAAGACUGCAACGUGAGAUUGAUGAUCAGAAUGAACAGCAAGAACAGCUACAGCGAGAAAUAACUACACUGAAGACACGUUUAAGAUCUCGUGGUGGUGGUGGACGAAGUGGUUAUGACACUCCACCCAGUCGAUCAAGGCGAGAUCGUGAAGGCUCAAUGGAGAGUGGGUUAGAAGCUGAUCUUCCUGCAACAGAUGAAUAAUUUAAUAUCUCCUGUUCAUAGUAAGAAUGAUGGCAAUGAGACAGUUUAUUUUUAACAAAAUAAUGCUUCUAAAAUCUUCAUAUAUAUUUGGGAAUUUUCUUUGCAUAGUUAGGAUUUUUUACGUUAUUAAUUUAUAGUAUUAUACACUUUAUAUUAUCAUUUGCUAUAUGAAUGUAUGAAACUCUAGUAAUUGUUGAGUUAAAAUGGAAUAGCUCUUUUUGUCUUGUGUGAAAUUCCGAUGCAUGCGUAAGCUGGUUUGUUUGCAAAAUUUAAUGAAAUAAACAAUUUAUAUAUUUUCAAUAUGCGUUAAGUGUUCUAAUUGAUGUAAAUUACGCUUAAUUGAUAAUUAGACAAUUUUUGCAUA